ACCCAUAAUAGAUAUAUCAUAAACUAUCAAGACUUUGUUAGAUCACAAUAUAUCUUUGUUUGUUUGCAGCAAAAAGAAGGUUCUAGUAAAUUCCAAAUAAAUUUUUUUGUCUUUGAUGGAUUUAUUUUUCUAGGCGGGUAACUAGAAUAGUAAACGAGAUCAUUUAAGGCAGCCAAACAGUUCGCAUCAGGGCUGAACCUCCACAUACAGAGAAUCAUAGAUUACCUAGACAGACAUACACUGGUUACUACUCCAAGUAUAAUAUAUUGUAAUAGUAACGAAUAAGGAACUAUGUUUGGAGUGGUUUGUUCUGGAAGACCAAUUGAAUUGGCCAAUCAAGUUGAAGCCACCAAGUAUGUGGUAACCAUACCCAAUGCAUCAAAUAUAUCAUUUGUUACAGUAUUCUUACUACCUAAUUCUAAUUUUACUGAUACAAAUUAUACAGCUUUAGUAUAUUUUCAAUUACCUAACUCUCAAGAAUUUAAGUUAUUAGGUGGAUUGAAUCCAUUAAAACCAUCAGCCAUUUAUAAAGUUAAUAAUUCACUUAAAAAAUCUGGUAAUGGAGAAGAUACAGAUAUGAGUAUUGAUGAUAAUUCAAUUAAUGUUAAUGAUUCAGCUAUUAUAAAUAUUGGAAUAUCAAUUGAACCAACUCAACAAGCCGAAUUAUUAUUGAGACAAGAAGCUGAAAAGAAUAAAAAUGGAUCUAAUAAUACUGAUAGUAAUGCUUUAGUAAGUACUAGACAAACCAAUAAAGCGCUUGCUCCAUCUGAUACAGCCGUAUUAGCAAAUAAAAUCGUAGGUCAUGCAUACAACUUCCUUGCUAGUUUUAUUGAUAAUUCAGGGAAAGUGCCAAUUAAAGCCUUUGAUAAUUGGUGGGAUAAGUUUAAAGCUAAAUUAGCUAAUAACCCUAACUUUCUAGAUGAUUUACAACAAUAAUAGAAUUAUUUCAUGAGUAAAUGUAAAGUUAGAGGUAGAAUAAAAAAGUAAGUUAAAUAAAAAAAUAAUGAUAUAAUGAAAAAGAAUUAUUGAAAUUUGCAACCAACUGUAUUUAAUGCCCUCUCAAAGAAUAAUAAAGUUACAACAUAACGACUACUACAGUAACUCAUUUAUCUCUAUACACACUAUUAAAUAAUGAUGGUAUAAAUCAUUAUAAAAAUCCUGGGCUGAUAUCAGUAGUCAGGC